CGCUGACCACAGUGAGUCAAGCAUCGUUUGGAAUUUCUGGUUUCUUGUGAUAUUCUAGUGUACAUAAAACCAGGAUCGACCAUGUUGUGCUACUGGACCGUAGCAACAAUAGCAAUUUUAUAUGUACUUUUUGAUGUGAAUUAUUUCCUGAGAAUUAUUUUCACGAUCGGCUGGGGAAGAUUAUUUCAAAAGAGAAAGAAGAUCCUGGAGCCAACUGCUAUUUAUGGAAUAUGCUUCACUCAAGACAUCGAUUUAGUCUUCAAGCAUAUGAACAAUGCGAGAUAUCUUCGUGAAUUAGAUUUUGCACGAUUCCACUAUUAUGAUAGGUCUGGUCUUUUUUCUGGAAUUAGUGCCAAAGGAGGUGGCAUGGUUCAAGGUGCAUGUUCCACUCGUUAUCGAAGACCACUUCCGAUUUUCACUCCUUACAAAAUUACCACUCAGCUAAUUUAUUGGGAUGACAAGAAUUUCUACCUCGAACAUCAAAUCAUAAGUCUCCCGGACAAUUUCAUUCGAGCAGUCGUUUUGAGCAAACAAAGCGUCACUAGCCUGAAAGUACCUGUACCAGAAAUCGUCGCCAAAGUCGAUCCAACUGCUAAAAAACCAGAAUUUUCCAGAGAACUGAAAUUAUGGCUUGACUCGAUGGCAGAGUCUUCCGAAAAAUUAAGAAAGAAAAAUUGAAAAUUACUGAUCCCAGAAGCCCGAUAAGAGAUUUGAAAGACUUAAAUAUGGAUCUCAACUCUUAUUGCCUCAAUUUUGCUACAAAUUUUAUUCUCUCCUUGCAUUCGUUAAUUGUGAACGACUUGCAUAACCUCAUAUUUAUUUUUCUCCCAUAUAUGUGAUAAGUUUUAUUUACCGAUUGUGUGAAUGUACAUAGGGAAUAAAUUGUUUCUUACAAAA